CUGUCCUAAGGCGCAUAAAUUAGGAGCCUAAUAGCGGCACUUGUUGGAAAGAAUGGCUGCUCAUGCAGGUACUCAAUAUAGCAGAGAGCAAAGAUGGUCUCUCCAUGGAAUGACUGCUCUUGUAACUGGUGGAACCAAAGGAAUAGGGUAUGCUAUUGUGGAAGAAUUGGCAGGACUAGGGGCAACUGUGUAUACAUGUUCCAGACAUGAAGUCCAGCUUAAUGAGUGCUUACAUGAGUGGGAGAAGAAGGAAUUUCGAGUUUCUGGUUCUGUUUGCGAUGUCACCUCUGAAACAGAUCGAAAAGAGCUCGUAAACAAAGUUUCUUCUUUCUUCGAUGGAAGACUUAACAUACUAAUAAACAACGUAGGAACCAUUAUAUGCAAACCUACGGUGGAGUUCACAACUGAAGAUUUGUCAUUUAUGAUGAAAACAAAUUUCGAAUCUGCUUACCAUAUGUCCCAACUUGCUUAUCCUCUUCUGAAAGCUUCUGGGGCAGCCAGCAUCGUCUUCAUCUCAUCUGUCGGUGGUGUGAUAUCACUAAACAUUGGAUCCAUUAGUGCUGCUACCAAAGCUGCUAUAAAUCAUUUGGCGAAAGAUUUGGCAUGUGAAUGGGCAAAGGAUAACAUAAGAUGUAAUAGUGUUGCGCCUUGGACUACCAGAACCCCUCUUGCUGAACCUUAUCUCAGUGAUGAAAAAUUUAUGGGGUCUGCCAUUCGUCGUACACCCAUUGGGCGUGUUGCGGAGCCAACUGAAGUUUCUUCGUUGGUGGCAUUUCUGUGCCUGCCAGCAGCUUCUUAUAUAAGUGGUCAGACUAUAUGUGUUGAUGGAGCCUUUACAGUGAAUGGCUCAUUUUUGGAUCCCCAAGCAUGAUGCUCAAACAUGGCUCAAAAGUACACUGAUUGCACAGUCCAUCUAAGUAUCAACAUAUUCUGUUCUCUUUUUGGUUCACGGUAAUGGAGCUUGAAGGGGAAAGACCUAAAUAAUGAGAUGGAGCAAUUAAAUGUUCUUUUUCUGUUUUAUUUUAUUUUAUAAAUUGUAAUGUAGUAUGAUGAGUCCUUAUACUAAAUAUGUGAGAUAUGAAUACACUCGUGUGGAGAAUAUUUUAUAUUAAAAGUUUGGAAAUAAAUAAUAAUAUUUAGAUUUGAAAA